UCUGGUGAGACCCUGAACGCAUCAGAGCCAGACUGUUAAUUUAUCAUACGCAGCUCAGAUAGAUGUAAGUGAGGACUGCUUUGUUAUAUAUCUGUCGCUGCGAGAGAAAGAAGAUGCUGGGAUAUAUCUGGACGUACAUCUACACGUCCAUCCUAAGAUACUGGCUGAAGUGGUUCAUCCGACAGGCAACAGGGAAAUGUGAGCUGCAGAGGAUAUGUUCUGGAUACAAGCCUGGGGCUACAAGGACAACGAAAGCAGAAUAUUCUCUGCGGUCUUCAAAGAACAAGGUUUUGAGAAGAGCUUUGGAAACCAACAAGGAUAAUUUAGAGCAAUGUGUGGAUCAAAUUAUGAAGGAGAAGAAUGUCAAACCCCAGAAAGAUCCACUCUUCAAGGGAAGCCUACACAUCUGCCUGUUACAAAUAACAGGAAACAGCAGCCUGUAUAUAUCUGUGGAAGAUUUGAGAAAAGAAGUCUUCAACUCGGAAAACCAAGAACACGAGGCCAUGCUGUUGAAGCUGUGGGACCUGUUGAUGCCAGCAGUCAAACUGGAAUCGAGGAUAACCAAACAGUGGGGAGAUAUUGGAUUCCAAGGAGAUGACCCCAAGACUGAUUUCAGAGGAAUGGGAAUGCUGGGCCUAAUCAACCUUGUUUUUUUCAGUGAAAACUACACAGAGGUGGCUCGUCAGGUGUUGUCUCAUGCAAACCAUCCUAAACUAGGGUAUUCGUAUGCCAUCGUUGGGAUCAACUUGACAGAGAUGGCCUACAGUCUCCUGAAGAGUGGGGCUUUGAAACCCCAUUUCUACAACACAGUACUGGGAACACCGGAGCUCCAACACUUUCAUCAGCUAUACUGUUAUCUGGCAUAUGAAUUUGAUAAAUUCUGGGUGGCAGAAGAACCAGAAAGCAUCAUGCAGUUCAAUCAAUACAGAGAAAAAUUCCAUGACAUCGUCAAGACACAUCUACAGGACCCUGAUGUUACCCUCACACUGACUGUCCGUUCUAAAAACUAACAUUAUUCAGAAAUAUUCUCUCACCUCUCCAUGGACCCUGACUUUGUUCAAUUGUAAAGGGAGAUGCGGUGCUCAACAUUAAAAACCUAAAAAUCAGACAGAAGCUGUUUGGUCACUUGAAUACAAACAAAUUUAUCCUCAUAUAUUUGGUUUUGUGGUCCACUAUUCACACUUAGUUUUAAAAUAGAGCACAAAUUUACACUCUGUACCUCAAAAAUGACCAUUCCAGUGUUUAAUUAACCUUUGUGAAGGAGAAAUGAGAGCUGCUGCAGAGGACUGUAGAGAUAUCAGCUCUGUCUUUUGUGAGGAUUUAAGCACUUCCAGUGGGCAAGCUGCCAAUUUGUUGCAGUUAAAGGUUAUUAAAAAAUUGCUAAUAACUACCAUAUUUGUAGCUGUCUUGUUUGUAUUUACGUAAGCAAGACUUAUGCGUUCUCACACUUGUUGCGCUCAGGAAUAUAAUUUUUAUGUCCAGAGACCAAGGCUAAAUGUUUGCAUGUUUUAAUGUGUCCCUGUUGAUAACAUCUGUAUCCUGUAAUAUAGGUGGUGUGGAACUCAAACUGGUUG